AUGGCCCUCGAGAUGCUCGGGGAAGCCCUACGCGGCAUCCCGCCCCUGCAAAGCUCCCUGCUGCUCCUCCUCUGCCUGCUCGCUGUCAUCCACCUGGUUAAGGUCUUCCUGCAGCAGCAGCGCCGGCGGCAGAGCGAGCGCCGGGCGCCGCCGGGCCCUUUUCCCUGGCCCUUGAUCGGCAACGCGGCGCAGCUGGGCAGUGCCCCACAUCUUUCCUUCGCCCGCCUGGCCAGCACCUACGGCGCCGUCUUCCAGUUGCGCCUGGGGCGCUGGCCCGUGGUGGUGCUGAACGGGGAGCGGGCUAUUCGCCAGGCUCUUGUCCGCCAGGGGGCCGCCUUCGCCGGCCGCCCGCCGUUCCCCUCCUUUCGGCUGGUGUCAGGCGGGCUCAGCCUGGCCUUCGGCGGCUACUCGGAGUUGUGGAAGCUGCACCGCCGGGCGGCGCACGCCACGGUGCGCGCCUUCUCCACCGGCAGCCCCGCCACCCGCCGCCUGCUGGAGCGGCACCUGGUGGGCGAAGCGCGGGCGCUGGUGGCGCUGCUGGUGCGCGACAGCGCCGGCGGCGCCUUCUUCGACCCCUCGCGGGUCCUGGUGGUGGCCGUGGCCAACGUAAUGAGCGCUCUGUGCUUCGGCCGCCGCUACAGCCACGGCGACGGCGAGUUCCUGCGCCUCGUGGGGCGUAACGAGCAGUUCGGGCGGGCGGUGGGCGCCGGCAGCUUGGUGGACGCGCUGCCCUGGCUCCAGCGCUUCCCCAGCCCCGUGCGCGCCGCUUACCGCGCCUUCCGCGACCUCAACCGCGACUUCUACGGCUUCGUCCGCGGCAAGUUUCUGCAGCACCAGCGCAGCCUGCGCCCGGGGGCCGCCCCUCGCGACAUGAUGGACGCCUUUAUCCGGCUGCAGCGGGAGCAGCCGCGGCUGCAGCUCGAACACGUGCCCGCCACCGUCACCGACAUCUUCGGCGCCAGCCAGGACACCCUCUCCACCGCCCUGCAGUGGCUCCUCAUCUUCCUCAUCAGGUAUCCGAAUGUGCAGGCUAAAAUGCAAGAAGAAGUGGAUAGGAUUGUUGGAAGAGACCGUCUGCCGUGUGCUGAAGAUCAGCCUCACUUGCCCUACAUCAUGGCUUUCUUGUAUGAAUCCAUGCGUUUCAGCAGCUUUGUGCCUGUUACUAUCCCACAUGCCACCACAACCAACACUUUCAUAAUGGGCUACCUCAUUCCCAAGGACACAGUGAUUUUUAUUAAUCAGUGGUCAGUGAACCAUGAUCCAGCAAAGUGGUCCAACCCAGAGGAUUUUGAUCCAACAAGAUUCCUGGAUGAGAAUGGAUUCAUCAAUAAAGAUCUUACUAGUAGUGUGAUGAUUUUCUCAUUAGGAAAACGUCGGUGUAUUGGAGAGGAGUUAUCCAAAGUGCAGCUGUUUCUGUUUACCUCCAUACUGGUGCAUCAGUGCAAUUUUACUGCUAAUCCAAAUGAGGACCCUAAAAUGGACUUUACCUAUGGGUUGACCAUUAAACCUAAGCCAUUUACCUUGAAUGUUACACUUAGAGAUACUAUGGAUUUGCUUGAUCAGGCUGUUCAAAGACUGCAAGCAGAGAAAGCAGCCAGUGAAAAUCAUCUGUCAGCAAAUGCCUAAGCAACAAACCUUGCAUCUAAAAACAAUCCCUCUCUCUCUUUUUAGACUUAAAUAACUUAUAGUUUAUUCUGGUGAUUUUUUUUAAUAGCCAAUAUUUCAAAUUGCAAGAGUGGGAAGGAAAACUACACAAGGUAUAAUUCAGUCCUCUCUUUGAUUCUAGAAGGAGAGCCAGGGGAAUAAUUUAAUAUAUUAAAUGAUAAAACAUAUGCAACUUGAAAGUAAGCCUUUUCUAGCUAGUUGCCAUUGUAAAGUGCUUUUUAUCUAUUGUCUGAUUGGAGCAUUUUCAGAGAGUGUUUGUACAGUCUUUUCUGUUUCUCCAUGCACUGUGCCUUAAUUCUCACGUUGCCUUCAGUGACUCCACAUCCCAAAGUGAAAUCUCUUGUUUAAAACAGGAGGGGGAAAUAACGGGGGGCAGGGUGCAGUGUUG